UUUACUUGGUUUCUCUCUCUCUCUCUUUGAUUCAUCUGAAAACAAAACACACAUUCGUAAAUCUCAACAAAAUCAUGUACUACCUCCCCACUUCUUGUCUGGUGUUUUUCUUUCUCUCCUCCUUAUUCUACCAUCUUCCUUGUGCUUUAAGUAAAGAAGGACUUGCGUGGUGUGAGACUAUUCAGUUUCAGUGUGGGAACAUCACCGCUGGUUUCCCCUUCUGGGGUGGGAAUCGUCCUGAACCUUGCGGUCAUGCAUCGCUGGAGCUUCGCUGCAACAACGAAAACAUCACCUCUUUAAACAUCUUAAACCAUAAGUACAAUGUUUUCCAUAUAAAUCAAACAUCUAAUACUCUUAGACUUGUCAGAGCUGAUUUUUUAGGUUCUUUUUGCUCUGCUUCAUUCCAAACCACAACCAUGUCUCCCGAAUUCUCUGAGCUUCCAAAACUGAAGAACCUCACUAUUUUCUAUAACUGCGACCCUCGUCUUCAUUACAUUUCGAAUUAUACAUGUCCUCCUGGGAGAGGUGUUGUCUCAGCUUAUCAAAACCCUAUUUAUCAAAGAUCCUGCCAAGAUAAUUUCACUUUGAGCGUUCCUGAGACAUAUUUUCCAGAAGUGAAAGAAUUGAAUUUAACUCAUCUGGAAAGUGUUCUAAGAGAAGGAGUUGAGGUAAUGGUGAAUACUGAUGACACAACGUGUGAAGAAUGUUCUUCCUCAACUUAUGAGCAUUAUGAACGCUGCAGCGAACCAUUUCGCUGCGGCGAUCAGACGAGUCUCUUGUACCCUUUCUGGGUACGUGGCAGACAAGACUGUGGCCACCCCUACUUCAAGCUUGAUUGUGGCAAAGGAUUCGCAGAGCUAACCAUCUCCUUUGCGACAUACAGAAUCUUAGAAGCUAACUAUGACUCUCGUAUCAUAAGACUCGCAAGAUUGGAUUAUAUUGACAAUCUUUGUCCCACAGACGCACAAAAUGCAUCAUUCCUUACCAGCGUCCUUCCAUUCGCUCCACACACCGAGAUGCUAACAAUUUAUUACAGCUGCCAAAAAUGGUCAUCUCUUAAUGCUUACUUUGGACAGCUUCAUUGUGAGGGUGACAAAAAAACUAUAACAAACUACUAUGGGACGAGAAACCUCUCAUCUCCUUCACUAUACGGAAGUAGUGGCUUUUUAUUUGAUAACUUGAGGGGAAAUUGCCAAAAAGGCGUCAGUAUACCAGUGGAUGGAUCGGCGUCGAAGGAUAAUCUACAGAAGACUCUUGAAAAGGGUUUCCAGGUUGAGCAUAAUCAAGACUGUUCAAGGUGCAUAGAAUCUAAAGGUGCUUGUGGAUACAAUCAGACUACAAGAAGUUUUGUCUGCUAUUGUAAGGAUGGGACUUAUGGCAACAAUUGUGGCUCUGGAAAGGGUAGUCAUGGGAAUUUUUUCAAUAGAAGUCGCAUAGGUUCAGUAGCAGGGGUUAUUUUGUUUCUUGUUUUAUUAACCUUUUUUCUCCAUUUUCUUCGGGUGAGAAAAAUAAGACUGAGACAACAGAACCUGAAGGCUCUUAUCCCACUCGAACACUAUACUUACGCACAAGUGAAGAGAAUUACAAAGUCGUUUGAGGAAGUGGUUGGGACAGGCGGAUUUGGAAUUGUUUAUCGAGGAACACUUGGUGACGGCCGUAUGGUUGCGGUGAAGGUCUUGAAAAAGUCAAAGGGUAAUGGUGAAGACUUCAUUAAUGAAGUUGCGAGCAUGAGCAGAACUUCUCAUCAAAACAUUGUUUCCUUGCUUGGUUUCUGCUCUGAAGGUUCCAAAAGGGCAAUUAUAUAUGAGUUUUUGGAAAAUGGGUCACUUGAUAAGUUCAUUUCAGGCAAGAGCUCGGUGAAUUUGGAUUGGAUGGUUCUAUAUAGUAUUGCGCUAGGAGUUGCUCGUGGUCUAGAGUACUUGCACCAUGGAUGCAAGACAAGGAUUGUACAUUUCGACAUUAAACCACAAAAUGUACUCCUAGAUGACAAUUUCUGCCCCAAAGUUUCGGACUUUGGCCUCGCUAAGCUCUGUGAGAAGAAAGAGAGCAUCUUGUCGAUACUGGACACAAGAGGUACAAUAGGGUACAUUGCACCAGAGAUGAUCUCCAGAGUUUAUGGGAAUGUGUCCCACAAGUCAGAUGUGUAUAGCUAUGGAAUGUUGGUUCUUGAUAUGAUUGGUGCAAGGAACAAAGAAAACGCUAAUCAAUUCUCUGCUUCUACCACAAGUACAAUGUACUUUCCUGAAUGGAUAUAUAAGGAUCUUGAGAAGGGAGACGAUGGAAGGCUUAAUAGGAAUGGAAUCAUCUGCGAAGAAGAAGAUAUAAUAAAGAAGAUGACAUUGGUGAGUCUGUGGUGUAUUCAACCUUCUCCCACAGAUCGCCCACCGAUGAACAGAGUUGUAGAGAUGAUGGAAGGAAGCUUGGAUGCUCUUGAAAUCCCUCCUAGGCCUGUUUUUCAAAUUCCAACAAUGCCUCUACAAGAAUUUUCAAUAUUUUCAGAGGAUAUAUCUGGUAACAAAGAUGGAUGAUCCAAGAAGCCUCCAUGGAACCUAUAGAAGCACGAAAAUAGCUAU